AUGAAGCGUGAACGCUCCCCGUCUCCCGGCGCGGCUGAGUAUGAGCGUACACGAAGUGCACACAAUACACGUACCCGCAUACAUACCUCUAGGAUACCGGCAAGCAACAUUGGUGAGAAAACGCAACAAAACACAGAAAGAUCAGAAACUACUUCAAGAAGAUCAAAGACCACGGUUUCUAAUUCAGAUACAUUGACUUGUAAAGAGGAAGCCUCAGAGUAUGCAACUGAGGACAAUCUAAGAGACAACAGUAGCUUCGAAGUAGAAGAUAAAACUCAGAAGUGGAGCUCUCUUUAUAAUAGCAAAGUGGGGGGUAGAGAUGAUCGUACAAAACGAACAGAACGCCAAGAUAGGGCAGACAGAUCUGAUAAUGAUGCUUACGAUAGGAGAAGUGUCAGAAAGCACACCAGUCACAAUAGCAAGAGAUCACGCAGUCAUACAUCCAAGGAUGACGAGUAUAGUGAGAAGUCACGGAGAUCAGAACCGUAUAGACGCAGAUAUAGAGAUGAAGAAAAAACACGCGGUGUGAGUACUUCUAAAUCAGAAUGUAUGUCGCGGCUGCGUUCCGGAAAGGAAUCGAAGCGUUUUGUGCUCAGACAGGACGAUGAACGUGAUGAUAGUAGGGGACGAAACCAUGCCACUUCAACUCAAACUACAACGAGACGAGAACAGAUAGCUCAUACCAGCAAAAGUCUGUUGGACGUCAAGCACACCGCAGGCACGAGCGGCGACAUCUUCGGCCAGCACUUCGGCACAGGUAUAUGCGAUAGACACGAAUACACACGUGCCACCCAAACCACAACCACACACACCACAGCGCAACCGCUCCCUCUGCCACUGACAGAUGCACGCUCGCCUGAUGUGUCUGGGAGUGCAGGUGUGUGUGAGGAUACACUGGGGGUACCGGUGGAGGCUGAGAUAACGCAUUCACGAACAAACGCUUUCACGCCUGAUUGGGCUGGAGGCGUAGGCAGGUAUAACGUAGGUACCCGCAGCUAUGGUCAGGCGACCCACAGUGAGCUGAGUAAAGCGCAGCCGCUUACACUCACAGAAUCAAAUUUGCCCUCGAGCAGUGCAGCACUAUCGGACGGCACCCCCGCGCAGAGACACCAGGAAGUCGAUACGGGACUGCCAAGGCAUAUUGACACGCACACACAUAGGCGUGUAUGCACACACCCACAUAGCACACAUAGCACCACAAAAAUACCCGCCCAUCCACACAGCCAUAUGCAUAUGCGGGAUCUCACACAAUUGCCUGGCCAACUUAAUCCGGUACACGCGCAUGGCCCCCACACACCAGAGAGCAACGGGGAGUUGGGUUGGGAUUGGGUGAAGAGUGUGAAGUUCUAUCAGCCAGCGUCACGCGCGCAGCUGCACGCGUACAGUCUCGAUGUGGAGUCGCUUAUAUACUACUGUCUGUCGCGAACCGAUGUAUCAGUAACCCCACACGACGGUGAAUGUGUGAGUGCGGCAUGUACCGAGCGAGGGGGUGUGUGUGCAGGAGGUCAGGAUGGCUGUCGUGCAUACGAGCAGGGACCGUGCAAGGAGGGUGUGCAUACGAGAGAUACCUAUGGAGAGUGUGUGAACGUGGGGGGGGUAGAUGGAGAACACGCGGUGUUCAAGCAUGCGUGCAGGGGUUAUGUAGAUGCUAAGGGUAAACGCGGGGAAGGGGUUUGUGGGGAUCAGACUGGCGUGGAGUGUGUGUCUAAGACCAAUGGAGACAGACAAGGGGCCGGCAACCUUGUAGACCUGCACACAACUGCGCGAAGAAACCAUGCGGGUAUACCGAAUACGCAUCCCGGAGAGCACCGCCUGUUUACAAGUAUUGGAGGGGAGUUGGCCAGAUACACGUGUUUCGGGUCGUCAGACGAUGCUAUGCGCGUGGAGGCAGACAGAGACACCCACAAUUGGCACGUGGAUGUCCUAGCAAAGGGUGAGGUAAGUCCGGAAAGGACUAUGAAAGCCAUGCAUGGAGAUACCGAUCCCGUCAAUAGCUCGGGCUAUAGUACCACACGGGGGAUCGGAACGAGGGAGACAACUGGCGAUAGCGCUCAUAGUAAAGCAGUACGGGUAUGUGCCCGAGGUUCGGCUAUGGAGAGCGUCAGUGGACGAGAUAGUGCGUAUGAGCCCAAGAUACCAAUCCGCAGCGUCAAGUGGGGCUGUGAUAGAACGCCCAGGCACUCAGGUACAGAGCAGUGUGGACAUUUGCACACGGUCGAUAGCAGUGACAUCAGAUCCCCGCACCCAACGGCAGCUAUAGGUGGGAGCAGGGCCAAGAUGAACCAACCAACUUGCAAGCUGGACCACUCAGAGACACGUGGAUGUGCCCUUGCACACCACACAGACCGAAACACAUGCGAAGAAAGGGGUCACGAGUACUUUCGGUUUGUGCGGCUGAAUGACUACCGCACCACCAGCCUUUGUACCAACGAGGACGAGGUAACGCUGCUGGUACGGGCGGUGGUAGUAUGUGACAGGACUAGACCGUCAACACAACACACGCCCACGCGCACCAGUGGCCAGCCUGACACUCAAGUGUGUGUUGGGGAUCGUACGCCUGUAAAGACAAGUGCACACACACGUACACGUGCACCUAUAAGUACACAUACGCAUACACAUGCACAUGCACAUACACAUACAUAUACAGAUACAGAUACAGAGACACAUACAGAUACACAUACACAUACACAUACACAGAGUAAGUACCAAACGGUAUCGGAACGUCCAGAAACAUGCGACAUAGCAAAGCAGAACUUGCAUUCUACAGGCACAGCAUACUCGCGUCCAGGCGAAGUAGCAAGCAAGGGCACAGGACUGAACCCACAAACCCUAAACCCUAGAACCCUACGACAGGCCGAGACCGACCAACUGCGCUCGCGCGAGAGGGAGAGUGAAAGAGUCAAGUGCCGUGUUGUGCUGGCGGUGCAAAUGGACCCGAAAACAGGCGAACUGGUGCAUAUAGGUGUGGGUCAGUACAGGGUAUUGGAAGAUCCUGCGAGCAGUAAUAGGGCCAGAACGGCCCUAAAAUGGACCUCUCGCGGCAGUACAGCAGCGCAAUGGCUGGCCGAAGGCGCCGAGAGAUGCGUGGAGGAGAUGUUGGCGGAGGGGUGUGGUAGUAGUUGUUGUCAUGUGCGAGCACGCUUGCAGGCGUUUGCACGGGAUAGUGUGUACAAAUACGAGGCUAAGGUGCAUGGACAGCUUCAGCUGCGGCCGCCUGCACGGGAUAGCGAGUGGGACGAAAGCGGAGAAGGGGUUCUUGGCAACACUCGCAUAAGUGGGUAUAGAAGGAGCCUUGAAAAGGGCCUUGGAAUCGUACAAACCCCACAGCAACGGUAUCUGCACAAUAGCAAUGUCUGCGCCAUGCGUGAAAGUGUCAGCGAGUUGUGUCAUCCGUUCUUUCCGAUUCGAAUCAAGCUCGUCUGAGGGUAUGCGUUUUAACGGCUGAGUGAACUUCAGAUGGGCUGAUAAGUCUCUCGCGAAACGAUGCUCCAUACGUAUACUUUAAAAAUGAUAAAUUUAAACGUUUCAAUCGG